AUGACCAGGCAUGGGGCAGGCUCUCAAGCCAGUGACGAGGACCAGUCGGCGCCUCUAGUGCGGCAAGACUCACAAGCCACAAACUAUGGCUCUCUCAGAACUAAUGUCCAUUCUUCGAAGGGAAAUGCUUCUCAGCGGUCUUUACAUAGAGGCCUGUCCACUCGCCAGGUUUCUAUGAUAGCUAUCUCGGGAACAAUUGGGACAGGUCUUUUUCUGGGUACCGGAAAGUCUCUGGCCGAGGGCGGUCCUGCGAGCAUGCUCAUCUGCUAUGUUCUCAUUGGAUUUAUCGUCUAUGUCACCCUCUUGCUCCUUGGAGAAAUGGCUACCCAGUAUCCAGUCGCAGGUUCCUUCAACGCCUACGCCACACGCUUCUUCUCUCCCUCUUAUGGCUUUGCGCUCUCCUGGAACUACUGGUUCAACGACGCCGUAUCUGUGGCCAGUGACCUCACCGCUGCCCAACUCGUCCUCGACUUUUGGAACGUGCCGCAUCCCUGGAUCGUCAGCCUCGUACUUUGGGUCUUUCUCGUCGGCGUAAACGCCACACACGUGAAUGCGUAUGGCGAACUUGAGUACUGGCUGUCUUUCUUGAAAGUGGCAACAGUAGUGGUCUUCAUCAUCGUUGGCAUCGUCGUCAAUGCCGGUGGCAACCGCGAACACACCUAUAUCGGUGGGCAAAACUGGCGAAUAGACGGCGCGCCGUUCCAUAAUGGAUUCGCCGGAUUUGCAAAGGUGUUUGUGACCGCUAGCUUUGCUUUCGGCGGUACGGAGAGUUUGGGAAUUACGGCUGGUGAGACGAAAAAUCCUAGUAAGAACAUGCCGAGAGUCGUCAAAAUGGUGUUUUGGCGCAUUUUGUUCUUCUACGUUCUAAGUAUCCUGCUAAUCGGACUCAAUGUACCCUGGGACUACCCCGGUCUAUCGAGUAAGAGCACGACGACCUCGCCAUUCACAAUCAUUUUCUACGAAGUCGGGUCUAAUACCGCUGCAUCCUUCAUGAACGCCGUCAUCCUCACCUCUGUCGUAUCCGCCGGAAACCACGCCCUUUUUGCCGGAACACGGGUGCUAUACUCCCUCGCUUCAGCUAAACACGCGCCUCCUUUCUUUGCAUGGACGACGCAGGCAGGUGUUCCCCUCCCAGCAUUGUUAGCGACGAGUAGUAUUAGCGCACUCUGCUUCGGGAGUAGUUUUGUCGGGAGUGGUGCGCUUUGGGGGUGGCUGCAGAAUUUCGUCGGGGUUUCGAAUCAGAUUGCGUGGGUGUCGAUUGGAAUAGCUUCGUGGAGGUUUAGGAAGGCGUGGGUGCAGCAGGGCCGACCGCUUGAGGAGCUAAAGUUCAGAGCGAAGUGGACAUGGGGCUGGGGUCCUCCUUUUGUCGUCAUCACCGUGAUAUGCCUCAUUCUCAUUCAAGGCUGGUCGUCCUUCGCACCGACGUUCGUAGCUCUGGACUUUGUCUCGUUCUACAUCGAAAUACCCGUCAUGCUCUUCCUCUACCUCGCCUGGCUCCUCAUCCGUCGUCCACUCCCAUCAUCCUCCCUCCCCUCCCUUCCCACUUCCGCACCUCAUCCCACACAAACACAAGAGUCUCCUUCUGCCGAGGAAGAUCCCGCCUCGCUCUCAGUCAUCCGCCAAACGGAGCACGAGCGCAAAGGACAGAGAUGGGCGAGAUGGUGGUGGUAUAGUGAUCUUGUGGAUACGAGGACUGUGGAUCUGAGGGCACAGGAGUAUGAAGAGGAGGAAGUGGAUAAGGUCGAUGAUGCGAAAAGGGAGGAUAGGUUACGUGGAAAGUUGGGAUGGGGGUGGGAGGUUUGGUAUUGGGUCGUAUAAAGUGGCACAGGGUACGGAGGAAUGAAGGUCGCAGGUGGUAUAUAUCAAAUGGAGAUGGGACGAGACAGGCGAUCUCGACCGGGUCUC